CUCUCUCUCUCUCUCAAUAAAUUAAUAUAAAUGCGUCGUCCGACAUAAUUUAGUGGUGCAAAGAAUUAGUGAGAUUAUCUCACGUAUUGCUUGCAAUCGUGGGAUUCGAUUUCCGAAACAGGAAAUUAGACUCUGACGCAGUAUAUAGCCAGCUCUGGUUAUAAAUGCAAUAAAUAUACACAUAUAAAUCUCUGAUUUGACUUCGAAAAUCUCUAGCGAAAAGAAAUUUGUAUUGCCAGCGGUCAAUUUGCUUCUAUCUUUGGCUAUAAAUCUCAUUCAUUUUGUCAUUGAAAUUGUGAUAUAUCCAUUGGUCUAAUGGCUGACGGAAAAAUGGAUCUUUCAGAGGAUCUCUUCUCAUCGAAACAGUCUGAUCAAUCGUGGAAUUCAAAAGAUUCCAUGGGAAAUGAAGAGGGAAAGGGGCUGAUGGGAAUAUUUGAUGAAUCAAAAGAUCAAGGAGCGUGUGAGAACAGCAUUCCUUUGUCUCCGCAAUGGCUUUAUGCUAAGCCAAGCGAGGCUAAGAUGGAAACACGUGGUCAAAUUUCACUCUCUCUUAGCGGUCCUGAUUGGAAUCAGAAGGAAGGUUGGCGCUCAGAUGCACCUGAGGACAAAAAAGAUUGGAGAAGAGUUGCACCGGAAGCUGAUAGUGCUCGUCGCUGGCGAGAAGAAGAAAGGGAAACUAGAUUGAUUGGUAGAAGAGAUUGUAGGAAGAUGGAUCGACGUGUUGAUGCCUCAGGCAGAGAAACAGUUGAGAAUAGAGUGUUGCCUGCUCCUGAAAGGUGGCAUGAUGCCAACAGUCGUAACUCUUCCCUUGAAGUGAGUCGUGAUAGCAAGUGGUCUACUAGGUGGGGUGCAGAUGACAAAGAAAAGGAAGCUCGGAUUGAGAAACGAGCAGAAGUGGAGAAGGAAGAUGAUCAGAAUGGAAGUCAGUCAAUCAUGUCAAGUAGCAGAUCUGUUUCUGAACGUGAUGGAGAUUCUCGGGACAAGUGGAGGCCACGCCAUAGGAUGGAGGUAAAUUCUGGUGGUUCUGGUUCUCACCGUUCUGCGCCUGGUUUUGGACUUGAAAGGGGAAGACUAGAGGGUUUCAAUGUGGGGUUUACGGUAGGACGUGGCAGAUCUAGUGUAUCCAUUGUAAAGCCUCCAUCUGGGGGACCAAUUGGUGCUGCUCAAUAUGACAAAGGCAGAAGUGUUCCUGGAAAAACAAGUCUUUCUGAUGGAAAGUUCUGUUAUACUAGGGGGGAACUUCUUGACAUAUACCGUACGCAAAAGUUAGACCCCUCUUUUGCCAAUAUGGCUGACAAUUUGGAGGAACUACCCCAACUAACUCAAGUAAUUGCUGUUGAACCAUUAGCUUUUGUUGCUCCCCAUGCCGAGGAGGAGGCCAUCGUAAACGACAUAUGGAAAGGUAAAAUAAGAUGCAGCGGGGUGUCAUACAAUUCAUUUAGGAAGGGUGAAACGUCGGAUAAUGUUUCAGUGGAAAAUGUGGAAUCUGUCAGUGGAAAACAGGUCUUCCCUGAAGAUAUUACAGCAGAGAGGACAGAUGACUUCUCAAAAGCUACACAGGACAAUGUUCAUGAACCUAGUGUGGAUGACAUUUUUUACAAUUACUUACUUAAAUCAGAAAAAUCUGUUAAUGAUGAUGGAAAACAAGAAGUUUAUGAGUCAAUCGGAACAGAUUUCGAUAUCAGUGGCUUACAGGCUUUUAAUGGUCAUCUAUCCGAUGAUUCGCAGCUCAAAGUUUCAGAUUCUCCUGUUACCAAACGCUCUUUGUUUUAUGGAGGUUCAUCUGCUACAUUGUUGGAAGUCAAUAAUAAUAUUCCUGAUGUUUCAACAUCACUCUUUGGUACUACAUCUUCUGAGCAGUAUUGGGAUGGCAGCCACCAUAAAUUUGGUAGCAGAACUUCUGAAAAUCAAUUAGAAAGGAGAAUCCUUCCUGAGGAAUUAAGUCUAUACUAUCGUGAUCCUCAAGGAGAUAUUCAGGGACCUUUCCUUGGAGUGGACAUAAUUUCAUGGUUUGAACAAGGAUUUUUUGGGACUGAUUUGCCUGUACGCUUGGAAGAUGCUCCUGAUGAUGCAUCCUUCCGAGAAUUGGGUGAUAUUAUGCCACAUUUGAAAAUUAAACAUGGAUUUGAUACUAUUACUGAUUUAAGUUCUGAUAUGGAAAAAUCUGUUGCAUUGGUGGGGAAAUCAGAGCAUGGUGAGUCAGAAGUACCUGAACAUCAUGGUCAUCCAUCAAUAAGGUUGCAUUCGCAGGGAAAUUUCCACGACUUUGUUGCCAAAGAUGAAGUUUUUUCCACUCCAACAGAUGUUUUUCCAGAGAGACCUGAAAGUGGUGGCAAUCCUGUUGGGAAAAUUUCUAGGGGGUAUGGUGAAACUUCUGCCUAUAUUGGUAACCAGCAGACUGUGUCUACUGAACUGACAGACUCUGGGGUCUCAACUAAGAAAGAUAAUAAGUUGCAUACUCUUGGGUUGUUGUGGUCUGAACUUGAAAAUACUUAUGCAAAGAAUGGUCAGACAUCAAAUGCUUUAGGUAUUGGACAUGUUGAGGAUCAACAUUUAAACCCUUUAUCUGGAAUAGUUGCCCCUUCUAGUUCAAUGGCUGAUUUCACUCGUGCCACAGAGAUGCGGCCGGAUGUUUGUGGCAGAAAUACUAUAUCUGAUCCCAAAUUAUUUUAUGAUGUCACGGAGGCUUGCCAGCGCAUGGACCAAGACUAUAGUCGCUUUGAUUUAGACGACAAGCUUGUGUCCAAACAACUGCAGUAUCAUUAUCAUCAGCAUCAUCAGCAUAGUUUGAUACCUUUUCAUAAUACACAGCUGAAUGAGGCAGUUCUAGAAAGAGUGCCAAGUCAGAGUGUGAUACAACACCAACAGUUGGCCAAUCAAACGGGGCAAGAUCUGGAGCACUUUUUGGCCCUUCAGUUGCAGCAGCAGAGGCAAUUGCAGUUUCAAGAACAGCAGUUCCAUCAACAGCAAAUGAUCUUGAAAGAGCAACAACAGUCCCAGGCUAGACAGGUGCUUCUUGAACAGCUGCUGCAGAAUCAAAUUCGGGAGUCUGACCGAGGGCAGUCACGUAUUGAUGCUCUUAGAUCGGACAGUGCUCUUGAACAGGCAAUUUUGAAGCAGCAAAUUCUCAAUGACCUGCAACAGCAUUCCCAUUUUCCACCUAGGCAUGCUGACUCAUCCCUGGAGCAACUCAUACAAGCAAAAUUUAGGCAAAUGCCCAAUAAAGGGCAUCCUGAUGAUUUAUUGGAGCUGUUAUCUAGUAGAAAUUGUGGGCAGAUUCAUCCCUUGGAUCCGCAGAUUCUUCAGCUAGAGCAGCUGCAUGGAAGAUCUUUGCCAGUGGGGAUAAGGCAGUCUUUCGAAAUGGAAGAAGAAAGACUAGUUAAUUCUGGGUGGCCUCUUGAUGAAGCCAGUCAGUUCCUUAGAAAUCCUGUAACUACUCAUCAAGCUGGCACUGCUGGAUUCAGCCCAUUAGACCUCUAUCAGCAACAAAGAGCGGCUGCUGAGGAGCAACUCAACCAUCUUGAACGAAAUGCUUCAUUACAAGAUAUACUCCAAGGUGGAAUUUACGACCAUGGCAUGCUGCCGUUUGAGCGCUCAAUGUCACUACCUGUUGGUGCUGCUGGUGUAAACCUGGAUGCUAUGAAUUCUAUUGCCCGAGAUCAUGGUUUAGAAAUGCAGGAGCAGAUUAUGCGACAACUAAAAGGUGGUCAAGGGGUUAGAUUCUCAUCGGGUGUCUACUCUCAGCAUUCACACCAACCUUCAAUUUCCAAUCAAUUUCAUGCUCCACAUUUGGACACCACUGAGGGUAACUGGUCUGAGAAUCAUAGUCAUUUAUCCAAUGACUGGAUUGAAUCAAGAAUUGAACAAUUACAUGAUGAUAAUGAGAGGCAUAAAAGGGAAUUGGAUGUCAAAACGACAAUGGAAGAUCCGAGUUUAUGGAUGUCAUCUGGAAUAAAUGAUGACAGUUCAAAGCGGCUGCUCAUGGAAUUAUUACUUCAGAAAUCAGGCCAUCAGUCAGGUGAACCCUUUGAUGCAACCGCCAAUGAAGUAUUCCAUGAGAUAAGGCCUUCUUCUGGGGCGGGUGCUACAUACCAUUCGAUUAGUCUUCUCUCAGAUCUGGAAGCAAGUACCAACAACUUCACUGUUGGGUCUUAUGUUUCUGAUUUAGGCGGACGAUCUCAGGAUGAACUAGCUGAUGGAAUGACCAGUGUAGGUGGAUUGGCUUCCAGAUCAAAAUCUGGAGAAUGUUUCAUUUCUGGAAUUGAUGAAAGAUCUCAGGGACCAGCUUCAAUAUCUCGAGCUGGCAUGGUUGAGCGGGCUGACCUGGCAGCUACAGAUAGUGGGGAAGUGCCUGUUAAUGUACUUAGUCAACAUACUUCACUUCGCUCUACUGGGUUUCAUUCAGCCAAUUCUUUUUCGGAGGAUGCUGCUAAGGAUAGGUUGCAAUCUGCCAUGUCAAAAAUGCUGGAAAACAUCUUGCUGAGACGUCCACCUGUCUCACGGGCUGCAUCCUCUCAGGGAGGGUUGUCUGAGAUGACUGCUGAUUCAGUCACCAGAGGAAAGAACAUACCAAAAGCUUUACCUACUGAUGGUAGGAAAGGAGGUUGUCAAUUUUUUGAUCUCGUUUUUUUUUUUUUUUUAAUAGUACUCGAGCACUUGCUAGUUCCAUUUUCUCACGGCUGGGUGGGAUGGCGCUUAACUUCCUUGUGGGAUGAUAGGAGAAACGGGAGGGAAUCCGGGAAAUUCUGACAGUGUGUCAUCUGGCAAGAAGGCCAUGCAGUUUCGACGGACUUCAUCUUGUGGUGAUGCUGAUGUCCUGGAAACCUUGUUCAGUGACGUGCUUAAAAGCGAUGCUAAGAAACCGGCUUCUCUAGAAAGUAAUGUACCAGCAUCUGGAGCUUCAGAGUUAUCAGACAUGACAUUGGGGGCAAAAAGCAGCAAAAAGAAGGGGAAGAAAGGUAUACAAAUUGAUCCUGCUCUUCUAGGAUUCAGAGUCACUAGCAAUCGGAUCCUAAUGGGUGAGAUACAGCGUCUAGACGAUUAAUCUCUCCUGUCACCAUCAUUUGUUGUAGAGGUUUUAGUUUGUAUAUUUUUUAGCAGGUCAAUUCUUUUAUUAUAGUUUUUGUGGGGUUAACAGAUUUAUUUAUUUUAUUUAUUUUUAUUUAUUUUUAA